AUGACAGUACCCCCCCCACCCGUCACUCGCCGCACGUCAACACCACAUCCACACGGAUAUGACAACUAUAAGCCGAUGCUGUGCGUGCACAACGCGCAAUUGCUCAAACUGCAUUUGUGCAAGAAGACAAAGGCAAUGUACAACAUGCAGACAAUCGCCCUAAAAAUCGCUGCAAUACUUCCCCACUUAAUAUGCCAGAAAACACACAGGAAAUCAAAAACAUCAGACAACGUAAAAGCCAUGAGGAGAAGGAUGGAAAAAUGGAAAACAGGAAACAUACACGGACUCCUUAAGGAGGCAGAGGCCCUACAAAACAAGAUUAAAAAGAUAAGUGCAAAGAAAAAGGAACUGGAUAACUGUAGGAAAUUUGCUAACUUAAUGCAGCAAGGGAAAGUGACGAAAGCAGUAAGGAUCCUAACAUCUGAAGACAACGCAGGAACCCUACCUCUAGACGACAACACACGUCGACUACUAAAUGAAAAGCACCCACCCGCCCAAGAGGCACCCCCUGAAACACUGUUUCGUGGAGAAUAUCACCCUCCACCCCCGGAAAUAUUUGAAAGUAUUACCGGGGAAAAGAUAAGGAAAUUUGCGCUCCACACAAACGGCGCCGCUGGACCCUCAGGGCUGGAUGCAGAAGGAUGGAAGAGCAUUCUGAGCACCAGCAAAUUUGGAAAUGCUGCAAAUGAUUUAUGUAAAGCCAUUGCAGCAUUGGCAAGAAAACUCGCCACGGAGAAUUGCCAAAACCUCGAUGCCCUAACGGCCUGCCGAUUAAUAGCAUUAGACAAGAAGCCAGGAUGCCGUCCCAUUGGUAUAGGAGAAGUCCUGCGCAGAAUAAUCGGCAAAGCCAUAAUGGAUGUGGUGGUAGACGACGUCAAGACAGCAGUUGGAAAUCUCCAGGUGUGUGUGGGUCAGCAAGCAGGAUGUGAGGCGGCCAUACAUGCAGUACGAAAGAUCUAUGAAGAUCCUAAUUGUGAAGCAGUACUGAUGGUGGACGCAGCAAAUGCUUUCAAUAAUAUAAACAGGAAAGCCACAAUACACAAUAUAGAAAUAAAAUGUCCAAGCAUUGCUCAAUAUAUAAAAAACACAUACAGUCAACCAGCAAAGCUCCACAUAUAUGACAAACAGACAAACACAUGUGAAACGAUCGCGUCAAACGAGGGUACAACCCAGGGCGACCCAAUCGCUAUGGCAAUGUACGCUCUUGGUCUCCUUAAGCUACAGGAUCACAUUAACUUCAGUGAUACAAACAUCAAGCAGGUGGCUUAUGCUGACGACCUAACAGGUGCUGGAAAGAUUACACACUUACAAAAAUGGUGGGAAAUAAUAGAAAGAUACGGUCCUCCUCUUGGGUAUUACCCAAAUGCUGUUAAAUCUGUUCUUACUGUAAAACACGAACAUCUGGACCAUGCCAAAGAAAUUUUCAAGAAUAGCCAAAUCAUUAUAACAUCUGGAGGGGAAAAACACCUAGGAGCAAUUCUUGGAACAAAUUCAGCAAAAGCAGAAUACGUUAAGAAACAAGUUUACAAAUGGAUACAUGAACUGAAGUUACUAGCACAGUUUGCAGAAGUAGAGCCCCACAGUGCUUACACAGCAUUCACAUUUGGCAUGAAACACAAAUGGAGCUUUCUGAUGCGGACUGUGCCAGGAACUGAACAAUUAUUUGAACCCUUAGAAGAAAUAAUAAGAAAAGAAUUGAUACCAGCUCUAUCAGGAGGACGAAACCCCACGGCAAUAGAGAGAGCAAUCCUGGCACUUCCACCAAGACUCGGGGGACUCGGGAUAACUGACCCAUGCAGGAUUGCUAACACGGAACACCAAAACUCCAUCAAGCUAACAACCAGCCUAACCCAAUAUAUCAUAGCACAGGACAGCCUCACUCAACCAGACCAAAAAGAAAUGAAAAAAAGACUUGAAAUGGCAAGAGAAGUCGGAGCAUCUAACUGGCUGACAACUCUCCCAAUAAGAUCAAAGGGGUUUAGCCUGAACAAACAGGAGUUUGUUGACGCUAUAUCCCUCAGAUAUGGAUGGGCAAUUGAUGGGCUCCAACAACAAUGCACCUGUGGCUCAUCCUUUGACCCAAACCACGCAAUGACCUGCAAGACGGGUGGCUUCGUCUGCAUGCGUCAUGACGAAGUGAGGGACGUGACAGCCCAAAUGCUGGGCGAGGUCAGCCGAGAUGUCAGGGUCGAGCCAUCCCUCAUUCCCACGGCGGGGCGGAACUUCUCGCUCCAAUCAACAAACACCGCCGAUGAUGCCCGCCUGGACGUGAGUGCCAAUGGAUUCUGGGAUCAGAUGAAAGUCAACUGGAGGAAAAUGAACGGAAAAGUUAAUAGUAGUGUGAAACUUAAUACUAAAGAAAGUUCGAGGUUUGGGAGUAACAUCCGGGUUCAUAGGAAGAAUUAG